AUGCCAACACCAUUAUCACCUUGUUCAUCACAAGACAUCAUACCUAUAUCCCCUCCACCUUCUUCGCUUCUCAAAGCAGGCACGUCGAAAUUAAGCUCUACUGCUUCUAUAGCCAGUACAUCCAGAUCUACUCCAUCUUCUUCAACAUCAAAAUCCAUCGAUCGUAAAUUAAAAGGAAAAUCGACAUCAACAUGGCACAAUAAAGAUGUAGAAGAUAGGAUCAAAAGAAAAGCUACUGAAAACCAACGCGAUGAGCUAAGUAAAAAAAGUAGAUCUCAAGUGACGGAAAGAAUGUUGAACACAAGAGGAAAAGACGUCAAUCCAGUCACCAAUUCGGAAUUAUACGGCAGAACCGAUCAUUUCGUUUCUUGUGCAACAGGUCAUCAACAAUCGAAUCGAGGAGGAGGGAGUGCAGGCGCGAUGACUUAUUGGCAAGUCAGGUCGAAUCAGAUGAACGAUCAAGCAAGGGCCAAGAAAACAGACAUUUUCAAGGGAUGUUUGAUUUAUUUAAACGGUUCUUCUGGACCUAAAGUGUCUAACCUUCAAAUGCAACACCUCAUUUCCACCAACGGUGGUAGAUUAGCACCAUUGCAAUCAUCUUCUUGUACUCAUAUAAUAGCAAAUGGUGGAUUAUCAGGUACGAAAACGCAAAAACAUAUCAAUGGACAAGGUACUAGAGGCGCAAGUAGACGUGCUAAAGUAGUCAAGAUUGACUGGAUACUCGAUUCAGUGGAAAAGGGUCACAGAUUAUCUGAAGCAGGUUAUGGAAUGGUAGAAGAUCCUUCACAGCCCAAUCUGUUCAAGACUCUGGGUGUAAAACCGAAAUUAGAAUCUCAAGCAUCCGCACCGCAAUGA